CUGGAGCCAGAUCACACAGCAAGAGCUCAUUGUUAAAUAUUUAGGAAUUUUGCAAUUCUUGGUUGUUAAACUGUUGGUAGCUUGCAGUGUGCCAUGGUGGGAGUAUUUAUUUAAAUUGCUGGCUUACCAGCACACCGCUUCUCAAGAAUCAUGGAGCAUAGUCUUUGAGAAGAGCAAGCAUUCAACAACUUUUCAAAUGAUACAGGUCAAGUUACAAAAAACAAGCAUGCCCAUGUGUAUGUAGGUCAAGCCAAUCCAGCCAAGGUUAGAGGUGUGUACAUUGAGAACACUUAUUUUGAAGUGGUGACUUAAAAGCCAAAAAUACCUUGAAGUGAAGAAGCCUUGAGUUCUUACCUAGGAUGUCUAAGUCACCUAAGGGAUUCUCUGGGGGAAUAAAAAUGCUACUUAUAUUCUGGAAAUGCUGAUACCAUACUGUCAGAGGAAAUUGAAAUGUCUACGUGAUGAGUUGGAGGACUGAGGAGGCAUAUCUGUGGAAGCAGGAAUUGGGGGAUUGCCUGGCUCUUAUUUUGAAAAAUAAGAAUGGUUGCUAUAGUUUAAACACAGGGUACAAUGCUUUGUGUUAAUCUUAAAUUUACUGUAUUUUGUUUGCAUGAGGCAGAUUUCUUUCUCAGCAAAUGUUUGCCUGAUGCCCUUGAAGAUCCCACUCGCGGAGAGCUUGUACUCCAGAAGGGGAGUUGAUACCUGCAGAGGUCUGGAAUAUGAGGUUCUCCUCACCACCUCAGAACACACGCAUUUGGUUUGCUCUGAGCCUGACCCUGCGCUGGCAGAAGUCUCUGCAGUCGGACUUGAGAACUGCAGUUGUGGGAGAGUUCAGUGCAUUGCUUCUCUUCAUCUUGGAUUGAAAAAUUGAGAUCAACAUGCUUUGCCCACUGAAACUCAUCCUGAUGUCAGUGUUACUGGAUUAUUCCCUGGGCCUCAAAGACUUGAUUGUUUCCUCCCUUGAGCUAACAGUCCACGUGGGUAACUCAGCCCUGAUGGGAUGUGUUUUCCAGAGCACGAAAGAGAAACGUGUGACCAAGGUAGACUGGAUGUUCUCAUCAGGAGAGCACAGCAAGGAUGAUUACGUGCUAUACUAUUAUGCCAACCUCAGUGUGCCCAUGGGGCGCUUCCAGAAUCGCGUGCGCUUAGUGGGGGACAUCUUACACAAUGAUGGUUCUCUCCUGCUCCAAAAUGUGGAAGAGGGUGAUCAGGGAACGUAUACCUGUGAAAUCCGUCUUGAAAUGGAGAGCCGCGUGUUCAAAAAAACAGUGGUGCUGCACGUACUACCAGAGGAGCCCAAAGAGCUCAUGGUCAAUGUGGGUGAUUCGAUUCAGAUGGGAUGUGUUUUCCAGAGCACAGAAGAGAAACGCAUGACCAAGGUAGACUGGAUGUUCUCAUCAGGAAAGCACGCCAAGGAGGAGAUUGUGUUGCACUAUUACCCCAAAUCCAACGUACCUGUGGGGUACCCUCAGAACUGGGGCAGCUUCCAGAACCGUGUAAACCUGGUGGGGAACACUGCCCGCAAUGAUGGCUCCAUCAUGCUCCAAGGAGUGAAGGAGUCCGAUGGAGGAAGCUACACCUGCACUAUCCACCUGGGGAACCUGACAUUCAGGAAAACCAUUGUGCUGAAAGUGAAUUGGAAAGAGCCCCAAACACCAGUGACUCCAGUAGUUCGCAGACCUGAGAUCCUGGGCGGUGAUCAGCUGGUGAUCAUUGUGGGGAUUGUUUGUGCCACUAUCCUGCUACUUCCUGUUCUGAUAUUGAUCGUUAAGAGGACCCACAGGAAUAAGAGUUCAGUAACUUCCACAGCCCUGGUAAAAAGCCUGGAGAACACCAAGAAGGCUCACCCAGAGAAACAUGUUUACUCCUCAAUAACUACACGCGAGGUGAUCGAGGAAGAAGAAUCCAGUGAAAAAUCGGAGGCCACCUACAUGACCAUGCACCCAGUGUGGCCUUCUCAGAGGUCAGCACCAAAUAAAUCACUUGAAAACAAGUCAGUUGGGGGAAUACCAAAAGCAAAGCAAGCCUUUUGAGAAGAAAGGAGCGUUUCCUUCAUCCUUACCAGUGGCAGAGACUCUCCUGUUUGUGCCCCAAGUCGCUGUACCAUUUAUUGCAGAACCCCCAUCUUUCCCAGUUGUCCUCGCGCCUCAUUGGUUGGUCAAAGGACUGAAGAUGGAGGGUUCGGAGCCUGGCAGAAAUAUGGGGCAUCUCUGGAGGAAUAGGCCCCGAUGAGGGGAGCCUGGACUUGGUCCCUCUGGAGUGGGACACUGGCCCUGGGGACCCUGGCUGAGCUGCCGCAGCGGCCUCAAGCACUCCAUCAGAUCCGACCCUUGCUUGGACUGCAUUCUCUGUGCAUGCGUUACUGGGAAGGAUCACAGAAGUAAAAACCAACCCAAAUGAAUCCUUUGGCAAAUUAUCUCUUUUAAAUAAAUGUGGUUUGUGGAAAUCA